CCCUCCUCCUCCUCUCUCACUGCUCAGGCAGAAUAAUGUUAACGUCAAACACGAAUUGUUUCGCCUUAUGAUAGUUUAGCGUGAAGGUCACGCUGCAAGCAAAACACCGUUCCACCUUCUUGGUAAAGAAUUUAUACCCAUUGUUGUUGUCAGCACUGCAUUGACAUAGAAAACACUUAACUGUGUCUUUGUUUGCAUUCUUUCCCUAUCUUUCUACAGUUCUAUUGACUGCUUAUUGAAUGUAACACCAAGCAAGGUUUCCAGAUGGCAGGCAACCCAUUCAAAACAACGGAGUUUGUCUCCAAAAUUCACGUGUGGUUACAAGAUGUUGACCCUUUUCGGCUUCGUCGUCUAGUUCAGAAAGAAGGACUAAUCAGCUUUGACCAAAUGGAACGUUUGAGGAAGAUAAAGGAUAUUGCUGAACACAAUGCAGAAUUGAUUUCAAUACUUUGUCCUGGAGAAACUAAAUCCUAUCAGGUCUUAUGUUCGGUGAUCCACCAAAUGGGCUACACUGACCGACACUUGGAGAUGCUUCGUAUUGUGGCUAAUCCAGAGCAAGAAUUGCUGGCCAGUGCUGGGCAACCAGAGUCAGCCAACGCCAUAGUAACCAGUGCAGACCCACCUGGAACCAUGCCAACUGAAGAAGGCACAACAGCAGCGGCUGCGUCAGCAGGAUAUGCUGCGUAUCAAUCCACUGCAGGGGCGGCAAGUCCAUCGCCACUUGGACAGCAAGUAGCACCAAUGUGGCCACCGAUGAAAAGCAGAAUUGCAGCAGCAAGAACAGGAGCAGUAGGAGGAGAAGCAGCUGGAGUAGCAGCAGCAGCAGCAACAGGUGCAAUGACAGCAGCAGGUGCAAUGGCAGGAGCAGCAGGGGCAAUGGUAGGAGCAGCAACAGCAGCAGCAACAGCAGCAACAGCAGCAGCAGCAGCAGCAGCAGCAGUGGCAAUGGCAGGAGUAGCAGAAGCAGACGCACUAGCUUCGUCAGCAACUGUAUUAACCCCUCAAGCAUCACUACAGGCAAGGCUUCCAAUUGGAACAGCAACGUUAGAACGUGUGCAUGGAGCAACAGCAGAGUCAGAACUAGAAGCAACAGCCACAGUAUCAGCUGUACCAGCACUUCACCAUCGCCAUUAUUCAGGUGCACAACCACCUCUUGCUCUGCAGCCCGGUGCAGCCUUAGCUUGCUCCUCCACUAAUAGAUCACUAUCAACAAUGUCAGGCCCUUCUACUACGGCAGAGACUACAUUAGGUCUUAGCCAGACCUGUAUGAGUGCACCCACCCAAGCCACUACAACACAUCCCAUUGCCAGCUCAGCUAACACUAGCACUGGCAGCUUUACAGCUGAUGGUAAUGCUGCUAGGAGAGGAACUGCAUUGCAGCAGAGUACACAGCAACCAGCGUCAGUCCACCUUGACAGCACGGCACAGCUGGCAGCAGCUACAGCAGUAAGACAUGCUUCUUCACAGCCUCUCGAGCUGCAAGCCAAGAGGGCCCUACUUAGCAAUGUUGGUAGACCAUUCACCGAUGAAAUGACCAGGCAUAUUGACUAUGUGUCAGCUCCAAGUAUGGCUCGUACCAGUCCAGACUCCCAGGCCUCUCUGCCGCAGAAGUCUCAGUUCCUCCUGGACAGCACCAAAGGUGACUCAGGGUUGUCCAGUUCGUCUGCUAACUCAGACACAGAAGAAUGGACAGAAGAUGAUCUGCGCAAUGCUCGAGUCACGGUCUUUAUGGACAGCAAACUGAGGACAUCUGUGGACGACUGUGAUAGAAUUAUCUUGGACAGUUUAUCUCAGCUGCACUUCAGUGAGACUAAAAUCAAAAUCAAAUCGAAGAGCAGAAAGAGUGAUCCUGCGCUCACCCGUGUUGAAGGAAAAGGAGGAGAUACAAGGACAUUGGUCCAAAUCAUUAUCAACGGAAAACCUGAUGACUACACUAAAGAAAGGAUCCGAAGGGAAGUUAUUGAGGACCUGGAGGACCUUACCUUCUCCAAGGAUCAAAUUCAGGUCAUCUACAAAGGCGACUGGGAUUCCAUCCAGGUCGUACUACUGCUACCAAUGAGGACACUGGGUCAUCUACUCUACCUUGCAGUACACUAUCCUGGACUGCUGGGAGGCCUGGGUAUACUUCAAAUCAUCGACAUCUCCUCAUUGACAAUAAUUGACUUUCGAGAGAUAACAGGCAACUCUAGCAGCUCCAAUAUGGCCUUAGACGAGUUGCUAGAUGAUGAUGGAGAGCUGUCAGAGGACUAUGACGAUGACGAGGAUGAGGAUGAUGAUGUUGAGGAUCUACCUCAGGGCUAUGACAAGGAUAAGUAUGGAUAUGAGAGCGAGGUAAAUGAGAUGGAGUUUUCGAGGCGCGCUGACACAGCUGAUGCUGCUGAACGCCACCUUUCCCAGCAGGAAUAUGAUCAGCUGAAUGACCGUAGUAUGGAUUUCCAGUCGGUGCUGGCAGCCAUAAUGGGGUCACACAGGAAAGACCAGAAUUUCCUGACAGCAAUCAGCGCUUCCAUUGCUAACAAAAUGCUCAGCUCGAACACAGCCAGACUGGUGGCACUCACGCACAGACGGAAGAAGGAACUUGCAGCACCUCAAGACAGGCCGGUAUUUUUGACAUCGCCGGAGCGAAUUGAGAGGCUGACAACAGAGCUGAAGAAAACCACAUUAGAGCAGCAGCCUGUAGCAGAAAAGGAACAGAUCAGCCCGGUAGAGAAGCCCAUCAGCUCGGUAGAGAUGCCCAUCAGCCCCAGAAAGAUACACAGGCCCCCAACACAGAUACCCUGGAGCACUAGCCUAACACCAGACAAACAUUCCGAGCGUGGCGACACUCCGUUGCACGAUGCCGCCUGGAGAGGUAACCUCGAGGUGUGUCAAGCGCUGAUCGCUGGAGGGGCCGACUGUAAAAUCAAGAAUGAGCGUGGCGACACUCCGUUGCACGAUGCCAUCAGGAGAGAUAACCUCGAGGUGUGUCAAGCGCUGAUCGCUGGAGGGGCCGACUGUAACAUCAAGAAUGAGCGUGGCGACACUCCGUUGCACGAUGCCGUCAGGAGAGAUAACCUCGAGGUGUGUCAAGCGCUGAUCGCUGGAGGGGCUGACUGUAACAUCAAGAAUGAGCAUGGCGACACUCCGUUGCAUGAUGCCGCCAGUAUAGGUAAACUCGAUGUGUGUCAAGCGCUGCUCCCUGCAGGGGCGGAUUGCAACAUCAAGAAUGAGCGUGGCGACACUCCGUUGCACAAAGCCGUCUGGGGUGGAAUCGAGGUGUGUCAAGCACUGCUCGCUGCAGGGUCGGACUGUAACAUCAGGAAUAAGGAUGGCAACACUCCGUUGCACAAAGCCGUCUGGCGUGGAAUCGAGGUGUUUCAAGCACUGCUCGCUGCAGUAGCGGACUGUACCAUCAAGAAUACGCGUGGUGACACUCCAUUGCACAAUGCCGCCAGUAUAGGUAAACUCGAUGUGUGUCAAGCGCUGCUCGCUGCAGGGGCGGAUUGCAACAUCAAGAAUGAGGAUGGCGAAACUCCGUUGCACAAAGCCGUCUGGGGUGGAAUCGAGGUGUUUCAAGCACUGCUCACUGCAGGGGUGGACUAUAACAUCAAGAAUACGCGUGGCGACACUCCGUUGCACGAUGCCGCCAGUACAGGUAAACUCGAUGUGUGUCAAGCGCUGCUCGCUGCAGGGGCGGAUUGCAACAUCAAGAAUGAGCGUGGCAACACUCCGGUGCACUAUGCCGCCCAGAGAGGUAAACUCGAGGUGUGUCAAGCGUUGCUCGCUGCAGGGGCGGACUGUAACAUCAAGAAUACGGAUGGCCUGACACCACUGGACAGAGCGAGACACUGGAGCCAUCAUGUGGUUGUAGCGCUAUUGGAGAAGGCCACCCCAAAGACAUCAUGAGACCUUUACUAAGUGUAAAGUGACUAUGCACACACUGCGGGUCAUUUCCUACCAGAUGUAGCAACAUGGCAGCUAUCUUACUCUGGCAAAUCCAUAGCUUUAAUCGUCACAUAUGCAUGACUUUGCAUGUAUUUGAGCAAUGGGCAGGUAGGACUGCGGUGUUUUCUGGCUGUCCCAGCCGACAAUGCCAGCGCAUGAUACCAUACAUUUCUAGACAAGCUCUCUUCCAUUUCCUCUUCUCUUCUAAGUAUCUGUUGCAGAUUUUCUUGCACCCUACCCAGUUCUUAACUAGAAGUUACAAUGCUUAUUUUGCGGACAAUUAGAAAAGUUAGAAUGUUAGCAAAGAAGUUGUACAAUGUCUCUACAGUAGCGCGUCGCUAGCAUCUCAAUUAGAAUCAAUUGCCAUCAUAUCGGCAGUGGACAAGUUCCAUUUUCAUUAUUUUCUCCUUUUUAUCAAUUGCUCGCUUGACUAGGCUAUUCGGUAUGCUAGCAGCCUUGUGACUUCCAUUGCAAACGGCCACCAAUUUUGUUUAAUUUUGUUUUACCGCAAUCCGAAGUUGUGGAGACAAGAACGUGAUACUAGGCGGUAAUAAUAUACCGGUAUUUUACUACUCCCUGCUUGAUACUACCGGUAUUAUCAUUAAUCAUAGCAUGUUGCUACAUUUUUCUCUGGCCUGCGGCAGUGUUUACCGAAGUGGUACGCCUUGGCACGUUCGUUGUUUACACUGGCAUGCCCUGAUGCACACGUACUUGUACGUGUACAUGUAUAUCCUUGUGGAACGACUAUCACUGACCUUCUCGCAGUGAAUGCACACCUUGUAUUGCUAAUUUUGCAUGGGUUUCAUUCAUGUCUCUGCGCAGAAUGUUCCAGCUUUUCACUGAUAUUAUAAUAUUGGAGUUAUUGGUGAUUUUUUCCAAUCAAUUUCACGCUCUUUGUUGGGCAUAUCCAGUAGUUAGCCCCUUCA